UACGCCCUCUAACUAGAGAGUACCUCCAAUGAUAUCCCUAUAGUAGGAUACAACCUCUCCGAAGGAAAAACAAGUAACUUAGCUGUGCUUUCAUCUUAUCAGUGAAGAUGACGAUAAUUAAGAGACGAUCUCCUUGGUUGUUUGCUGGUUCUAGUGUCUUUGCAGUAUUCAGUAUAUGCCUCAUUAUUGGUACAGAGAUGGCAGCAGCAUGGAAAAGGGAUAUGUGCAUUCCUGGGGAUGUAUACAUUGACACAACUAAUGAACAUCAUGCCAAGGGAUGCAAAUUUUGUGAGAACUGGUGUAUUGAAGAAUGUUCGGACUUAGACCUUCCGGCUGUCUCAUAUGGGUGUCGUGAUGGUGGUGACUUAAGAUGUAGGUGUUGCUGUGGUAAAUCAUCACCAGUAUCAUCCCCUCCCUCACCGCCAACCCUUCUUGCACUACCUAUAUCCGAGUUUGACGGCUCAAUAUGGCCACAUGAAUUUGAUAUAUGUAAACAAGAAGAACAGGAAAAAAUAUUUAGGAUUAAACACAAAGAUGGAAGACAUUGCAUUAAUAAACCUUCAUGCGAGGAAAGUUGCCGGAAAGAGGGGCUUUGGACGACAAGGGCAGAGUGCGUAGGACGUGGUUUCGCUUAUCCUAACCCUAGCUACCAAUGGUUUGAGCAGUGUUGUUGUGGGAAGAGUAAACCACCGCCACCACCACCGCCUCCGUCUUCACCACCACCAUCGCUUUCGCCUCCACCUCCUCCACUUCUUCAAUCGUGCACAGAUGUGUCUGUUUCGGAGCUCUGCCGAAGUUGUAUUGCAACACAACCUAAACCCUCAUCUCGAUCUCCAUCUCCACCUUCAUCUCCAUCUCAAUCUCAAUCUGCACCUUCACCUUUAUCUCCAUCUGUACCUUUACCAGCAUCACCCCCACCAACUCCAAAGAACAUGUGCAAACCUAAGGACAUAUAUUUAACUUUUAACUCCUGUGGCUGUGAUACGUGUUUAAGCGAGUGUAGAACAAAAUGUUCUGUAAUGAAUGGUUCAUUGGCAGUGCAACGGUGCACAAUAGAGAAUUCUUCGCAGCUUUGCGAAUGUUGUUGCAAAAGCGAUACACCAUCAGUCUGUUGUUCGUCAGGUUAAUCUUUCUAGGGAAAACUUCGUUUUGUUAUUCACUUUCAGAAUUUGCAAUAACCUCAAAUUUGCUGAAAAUAACAAAUUUCAAGUUUAAGUCCU